AGAAUGUAAACACACAACGGCUGACAUGGCGCUCGCGCUCGUGAUGUUUCGCGACGCGUCGCGAAACGUCGGUUCUCUCGAAGCGCUUUUUUCCAGUUUCGCAGGAAAAUUGAUAAAAUUCACACGUAUAGAAUUGCACAAAAGGGAUCCGACUACCUUCUCGUAACGUAGUUUUGGCAGAGAAAAUAGAAAAAACGGUCACUGGGCUGUGGAAGUUGAAGAAAAGUCCAGUCCAUACGCGAGAGGCUUCUAGAACCGGCCGCGAGCCGGCUCCCGCCUAUAAAUAGGAGGGGCGCCCGCAGCCCGGCAACAGUUGAUUCUGAGCAAGCGAAGCAAUAGCAUCGAGAGCGCAAACGUUACUACAGUGAAACUUAUCACUUCCUAUUCUUUGACUUCCAUAAUUCUACAAGACAAAGAAACAAAGCAAGAUGUCUCUUGUACCACUUCUUUUCUCCGACUGGUGGCAAGACCUUGACCGCCCACACCGUCUCCUGGACCAGGAUUUCGGCAUUGGACUCCAUCCCGAACAACUGGCGGUUCCUGGAAUUCUGGACCAAUACUAUUCUCCGAUGGUCCGUCCAGCCAGGCGCAACCCUCUGCUCUACUACAGACCUUGGGGCGAACUUCUUCGCCAAGCCGAAGGCGGUGGCACUUCGACGGUCAAGGCUGACAAGGACAAAUUCCAAGUCGUCCUGGAUGUUCAACAGUUCAAGCCCGAGGAGAUCAACGUCAAGGUGGUUGACAGAUUCGUCGUCGUCGAAGGAAAGCACGAAGAGAAGCAAGACGAGCACGGCACCAUCUCUCGUCACUUCGUGCGCAAGUACAUGAUCCCCGAGCAAUGCGACAUCGAAAAUGUGACAUCUAGUCUCUCCUCGGACGGAGUCCUCAGCAUCACGGCUCCACGCAAAGAACAACCAAAGCUCACCAACGAAAAGGUUGUGAAGAUCGAGCACACUGGCAAGCCAGCUAUCCGUGAGGCUGAGAAGAAAGUCGAGAAGAAGGACGAAAAGUGCGAGAAGAAGAAAUAAAAUUACUUUAAUCGUUUAUUUAAUUUCUUUAAGUUCCAGUCAUAACUUUUAAGUAUUAUUUAAGUUUUUGUAGUAAGGAUGUUCCUUUUCAUUUUUUUACCGUUCUUCAAAGACUGUGAAAACUAAACUUAAAGUGUUACUUGUUCAUAAUAAGAUAUCUUUUUAUAAUAAAACGACAAAAAACAUUCGUUGAUCGAUAAAAAAAAA